GCCUGGCGUCCCGGUUCACGGGCUCUCCACAGCUGCCUGCCGCGCAGUUGCAGCGACUCGCCCACACUCCGCGUCCCCGGCCGGGAGACCGACUGAGCUGCCGGGAUAGAGCGCUCGGUUUUUGAGAGCUUCUACGCGGCGUCUACCUUUUUUUUUUUCCAUCUCGGGUGGAAGCGGACGGUUUUGUGUCCCGGGCAGCGUCCAUGGAGACGCCGGGGGUAGACAGCCGGGUUCCGGGCGCCGCAGCCGGGGCAGAGCUUCGAUGGAUGGGCGGCAGGCUGCUGGACGCCACGGGGGGCUUCGUCGGGUCUCUUUCGCCGAGAAUCCCAGGGGAGCAGGACUUUACCCCGGUGUUGCAUCGAUUGACUCCCACGGAGACAACGACCUCCGCGGAGCCCGAAAUAGACUACGAAGGGCUGCCUCCAGGAGCGGCGACCAGCACGCACAUGCUGGCGGGGUCCGUGGCCGGAAUCAUGGAGCACUGCCUCAUGUACCCCAUCGACUGUGUCAAGACCCGCAUGCAGAGCCUCCACCCGGAGCCGGCGGCGCGCUACCGGAACGUGAUGGACGCCCUGCGGCAGAUCGUGCGGACGGAGGGCGUGUGGCGGCCGAUCCGGGGCGUGAACGUGCUGGCGGUGGGGGCGGGGCCUGCCCACGCGCUCUACUUUGCCAGCUACGAGAAGAUCAAGUUCUCGCUCAGCGACUCCGUCCACCCGGGCGCCAACAGCCACUUCGCCAACGGAGUGGCAGGUUGCGUAGCAACAGUGCUGCACGACACCAUCAUGAACCCAGCUGAAGUCGUGAAACAGCGGAUGCAGAUGUUCAACUCCCCGUACCGCGGCGUGCUGGACUGCGUGGGCUCUCUGCUGCGGCGCGACGGCCCGGCGGCGUUCUACCGCAGCUACACCACCCAGCUGACCAUGAACGUGCCCUUCCAGGCGCUGCACUUCAUGACCUACGAGUACCUGCAGGAGCUGCUCAACCCGCACAGACAGUACAACCCGUCCUCCCACGUGGCGUCGGGCGCGCUGGCCGGGGCCCUCGCCGCCGCCGCCACCACCCCGCUCGACGUCUGCAAGACCCUCCUCAACACGCAGGAGGCGCAGGCCGUGCACCUGCUGCGGCCCGCCGCCGCCGCCACCACUUCGGCCCCCGGCGCGCGCCACAUCUCGGGCCUCGGCGAGGCCUGUCGGACGGUGUACCGGACGGGCGGCGCGCCGGCCUUCUUCAAAGGCGUCCACGCCCGCAUCAUCUACCAGAUGCCGUCCACGGCCAUCAGCUGGUCCGUCUACGAGUUCUUCAAGUACGUCAUCACGGAGCGGCGGCACGAGCGGAGCCGGCGGCGCGGGGGAGGCGAUCGAGACGGCGCCAAAUGAAGUCGAGUUCAAAGCGCCGCGGAGACGCUUGGUGUCUGGAAUGUCUGUUGAUGCCGGAGGCUCCGCCCCCACCGAGCCAGCUGUUCAUCCCCUGCGUUGGUCGCCGAAAAACGUUAUUAUUUGUCAUUAAAAGCAAACGUAACCCUGAUACAAAUACCUAAGAACUGCAUCACGACACGUCGCCGGCUGCCCACAGGGGGGCGCUCUUCUGUUCAACAUAUCAAGAUUAAGUGCAGCAGAAAACGUGAUGCCCCAUCGCAGGAUCCCUGUUAUUGACUCGUGUGGUUCUAGUUUUGUUCACAUCACCGCAGCACUUAAAGCGACUUCUUCAAUAUCAAGACGAUACUGAAGAAGAAGAAGAAGAACGCGGGAUAACGUGUACGCCUGCCUUCAGUUAGCCGCUCACAUCAAACGCACAACUACUAGAGAGGAUGACAUUGUACAUAAUAUACAGUAAAUAUAUAUAAACUCUACUGGGUUACGUUUCUAAGCAAGCCUCUAUGUCGACUCGAAUACAGAGAGGGGAUGAUGUGGUAGAUUGUCGACUAAGAGAAGCUUGACUACUAUGAAUUAAAACGCACCGUACGGAUUAAACUGGGGUUUAAAAAUGUGUCGUCCGUGAGGAGUUCAAAGGUCGGGGAACCGGGACUCGUUGGCACGACACUAAUGUGCAAAAGCUUGACGCCUGUAUGUUGUGAAGUGUAAAUAAAGUGGAGAGGCAGCUCCUCGCAGAAGCAGGGUCUUCUCUUGGUGCUGGCUCGCAAAGAGAGAACUUA